AUGGCUUUUCUUCGCCGUUGCAAUGUCUCAAAGGUUCUUCGGUUUGUACGUCCGCAAUAUGCAGGAGCAGGUUGCUUGCAGCAAAGAGGCUUGGUGCAGAGCGGCGUUGCUGCUUUGGAGCCUCCAAAGUUUGUGAAGGUGCCAAUCGUUGAAGAAUCGCAGAGCAGAUUGAUGGAAGACAUGCCGGAUUUGGUCCUUGGGGGCCAUGCACCCAAUUACGACCAGCAGAGCCCCUACCGGACCGUGCCCUUGGAUGAAGCCAUCGGGACGAUCGAGGACACUGCUGCUGAAGAGGCAUUUCCAGAACCCCUCUUCGGGCGGCUGGAGAAUGGAGUUCAAGUGAUAGCGGUGGAUCGUCAGGGCCUUUGCUCAUCUUUGGGGCUGUUUGUCCACACAGGGAGCAGAUACAGCCGAGAAAUGGCGUGCCUUCCCCACAUGCUGGAACUCAUGGCGUUCCGCAGCUCUGCGCAUUUGUCCCAUUUGCGGACCCAAAAGACCUUGGAGCAACUGGGGGCUGCAGCGUCCUGCAGAGUUGGGCGGGAAGAUGUUCUCUUCCAAAUGGACGUGCUGCGGGAGUAUGUGCCGGUGGCAUUGCCAUUGAUGCUGGCUAACGUGCUUUGCCCAAGU